AAUAAUAGUAAGUGAAAAUUUAAUGCAAGUAUUUCCAGUUUAUAUAUGGCAAACGAAGUGCAAUUAAGCAAACGACUAUCAUGGCUGUUGCGUCACGGAGCUGUACAGGAAGGAAUUCCCAUAUGUUCUGAUGGCUUUGUGCCUGUGAACUCCAUAAUCGAAAACCCAAAAUAUGCGUGCGAUUAUGAUUUAAGAACUCUGCAAGAGAUUGUAAGGAAAGAUAAGAAGCAACGCUAUACACUGAGACAAAAUAUGCAUGGCUUGUGGGAAAUACGUGCUAAUCAAGGACACUCAAUGGUCAAUGUAUUAGCAUCGCACUGUCUUCAACGCAUUUACAGUUCCGAAGAAGUUAAUAUAGCUGUCCACGGCACAUACUACCGUCAUUGGGAACGCAUACUAUUGGAAGGGCUUCGUACUAUGGGACGUACACAUGUACACUUUGCCAUGUACGACGAUAACCGUAUAUUUAACCAAAAAAAUAACGCAAUAAGUGGUUUUCGUAGUGAUUGCGAGUUGCUCAUCUACUUAGAUGUACGAAAAGCUAUGGAACUGGGCGAAAUGGAAAUAUAUCGCUCCACAAAUAAUGUUAUACUGUGUGCCGGAAUCAAUGGUUGCAUAUCUAAAGACUACUUCAAACUAGUUGUAGACCGACGCACUAUGAAAGCAUUGUCGUUCUAGUUUCCGGCUUAAUAUUGGUUUUGUAGAUACUUAAUUUUAAUUAUGUAUUACAAUUUUCCCACAAAAAAUUAACAUCCAACAUCGAUAUUAUUUCAUUCAACUUUACAGAUGAGUCAUUCACCGACUAAAACUAGUCCCGAAUCCGUGAAUAUAAAUUCUAAUGACAACAAAGUCUCCACUAAAAAAACAGAUUUUAAAUGUACCAUAUGUUCUCAAAAAU